AUGCCAGCGAAGAAACGGAAGUCUGCAAAAAAGACUGUAUCAUUUUCUGAUGAUCAAAACUUAACAAACGUGAAUGCACACCAUCACCGAAAAGGUCAUGUUGACGAUGAUUCACCAUUGGUUUAUGUUAGGAGAUCAUGGACCUUAAUCCCAUUUCAUCUAUUGGCCAUGUUAUAUUGGUUCCUCAAAUAUUCCACAUUCGAUGUGGUUAAAUUGCUGUAUAUUAUGAUUCCAUCCCAGGUCUUGUACUUGAUAUUUCGUUUCAACAAAAACACAAUCUAUGGGAAGAAAAGACUAAGAAUUAAUUGGCUUCUCGUAUGCGUGACUUUGGUGGCAUGCUUGCUUCUAACAAUCCCAUGCUUGGUAAUAAUAAUUCUCUUUGGUGCUCCUUUUGUGGAACUAUUAAAAGAGUCUUGGUUACUUGCUUUACACUGUUGUUUUUUGGCAUAUCCAGCACUGUACGAUGUCUUCAAUUGUAAUUUCAAAGUUGGAUACUUCAAGAAAUAUUUCAUUUCAAUAGUAAUUGGGUGUUGGAUUAGUUGUUGCGUCAUUCCUUUGGAUUGGGAUAGAGAUUGGCAGGCAUGGCCAAUUCCGUUGAUUGUGGGUGCCUAUAUAGGUGCUUUUAUAGGAUUCUCAAUUGGCGGUUACAUAUAA